CAGUCGACAACAUCAGUCCUGAGGAGAAGGUGAUUGCAGUGCCACAAUGUGCUCGCUCAGUGCAGCCAAUGCCAAGUUCUGUCUUGACUUUUUCAGAGAGCUGAGCAAGAGAAACAGAAAUGAAAACAUCUUCUUUUCCCCCCUAAGUCUCUCAGCUGCCUUUGGGAUGGUUGUCCUCGGAGCCAGGGGCAACACACUCACACAGAUUGAGAAGGUAUUUCAUUUCAGUGAAGUUUUGAGCAGUCCGAGCCAGGGAAACAGAUACCCUUCUGAGAAGUGCGAAGAAGCCGGAGGAGUCCAUUCCCAGUUCCAGGAGCUGUUGGCUGCUGUCAGUGAACCCAGACCAGGCUGCUCUCUCACCAUUGCUAACAGGCUCUUUGGAGAAAUUACUUACCCGUUCUUCCAGCAAUACUUGGAUUCCACAAAGAAAUUCUAUCGAGCAGAGCUGGAACCAGUGAAUUUUAAAUACACUGAAGAAGAAGCCAGAGAGAAGAUUAACUUCUGGGUGGAAAAUGAGACAAAAGGUAAAAUCAAAGACCUAUUUGCUGCUGGGUUUAUUGAUCCAUCUACUGUACUUGUCCUGGUCAAUGCUAUAUAUUUUAAAGGGAAGUGGGCAGUACAAUUUAAGAAAGAAGACACUAAGGAAACCUAUUUCCAACUGAACAAGAAUGAGAGAAGGACAGUGCAGAUGAUGUUUCAAGAAGGGUAUUUUAACAUGGCCAUCAUAGAGGAAGUGAAAAUUAAAGUGAUAGAGCUCCCAUACUUCAAUAAUGAACUGAGCAUGUUCAUUCUCCUUCCUGAAGUUGUCUGUGAAGACUUUACUGGCCUAGAGCAGCUUGAAUGCACCCUCACGUAUGAAAAACUGGCAGGAUGGACCAGCUCAGCUAGGAUGCAACAGCUGAAAGUGAAGGUGUAUCUGCCUCAGUUCAAGAUGGAGGAAAGUUAUGUUCUCAACAAAACUCUCCAGGAGAUGGGAGUGAUGAAUGUUUUUGACUGGGGGAAAGCUGAUUUGUCAGGAAUCUCUAUGAAAGAUGGUUUGGUUGUGUCUAAGGUCAUUCAGAAGUCAUUCGUGGAAGUCAAUGAAGAGGGCACUGAAGCAGCUGGUGCCAUGGGGUUUGCUACGGUGCCUUUGUGUCUCCCAGUUUCUUAUGAGUUCAAAGCUGACCAUCCAUUCCUCUUCUUUAUCAGACACAACCUUACCAACACCAUUCUUUUCUUUGGAAGAUAUUUGUCCCCUUAAGUGGAGUUUAUUUUGGAAAUUAGAUCUUUCUCCCCACUAACAUCCCCACUGGCAAGCACUGAGGACAAAAGAGGAGCACAUUUUCUCUAGGCUUUAUCCUAAGGUGCUAAUUUACUGCAAAAAAGGCUAUCUGAUAAGAGCCAAAGUAGAGACAAAAAUCUAAAAAAUGUUAACUGUUUCCUUUCUAACAUCAACUUCAGGCAUGUUUUAGUUUUAGGAUGCCUCACUAAAAUGACAUCUACCUUAAAAUACACUAUGUGAUAUUUGCCAAAGAGCUGUAGGCCUGUAGAGAUAUCUGCAUAGAAAAUCUUAUUUUGAGGCUUUCCUAAUGUAGUAUGUCUCCAAUAAACCCAUCAUUUUAGUGCCCUGAAGAUGAGUGAUACCUUCUCCCACAUGAAGGAGACAGGAGGAUGGGGAUCUGCAUUAAAAGGAUAAACUCAGGUACUCAGUCUGUUUUAGCUUUACCUACCCAACCUCUGUGUAGGUCUCAAGGAAAAUGCUACUUUGUAUGGGAGUAGCAAAGUAUUCCUGCGGGACCCCUCCUUUAAUCAUUGAUCAGGGGUAAUGGUGCAAGCUGGAAUUCUCGGGAUUUUUUUCUCAGAGAGCAGAAAAAGCAGAAAUGUUUUCUAGUGUAAUCUUGCUUGUUCUCAAGCAGGGAAGACCCAUUGCUUUUUUUCUUUUUUUUUUUUUUUUUUUUUUUUCUGUGGGAAAAUCUGUAUGUGCUAGGAAGUUCUCCAACUUCUUCAUAAACUUCCACGUAACAAAACCAGUGUUUCAGAACAAUGGAAGGCCUUUGCUGACAAGGUCUGCUCUGCAAUGGCUAUGAAUUAGACAUUUAAUUCCCAUAUAAAACUUAAGUAGUGAUCAGCCAUUCUCACUUCUAAAAAUCAUCUCUCUUUUUGCCUCAGAUACCAUGAGUUUCUUGUUUCAUCUGGUUUAUUCCUCAUUAGCAUAAAAACUAAUAAAAAAAUCUAU